AAAUAAGAGGAAGAGGCAGGGAAUAUUAUAAAGAGAGAGAGAGGAGAUUGGUGAAAGAUAGAAAUAGGAAAGAGAGAGGGGGGAAUGUAAAAAGAAAGAAAAGAAGAAAACAGAUAGAAUUGUAAAAGUGAGAGUAAGAGGAAGGGGAGGGCAAAGGAAGUCAGUUUUGGAUUCGGAGAUGAAAAAAUUGGGCUUUUUCUGUAUUGAAAGAAGAAUUGUUUGUUGUGUUUCACUGUUUCGGCUGGGCAAGCUAGUCAUGGUCGGCCGAAGAUUUUACUCAUUCUAACUUUAUUACUUUCCUCUACAAAGUGGAGACAUGAAAAGUUACCAGUGGAGCGUUUUUCUGGUUGUAAUAAUAACACUUGACUGCAUCCCAGCUAUUGUCUCACCAAACAGCUGGUAUCAAGGCUGUUAUAGUGUAAAGGAGAUCUCAUCAAGUCUAUCAGAAUGGCUCUCAGGCAAUUGGAAUCUAUUAGACUGCACUCAAAAAUGUUUCCUGCAGGGAUAUACUCUCGCCGGAAUGUCAAAUUCCAGCAAAUGUCUUUGUACAAAUUCUACCAUCAAUUUAUCAGAAGAACAAUUGUCAGCUUGUGACGAAAGUUGUUCAGUUGGUCUUGACUUCAAGUGUGGAGGUUUUAGCCAUGGUCAACCCUUUGUAAGCCUCUAUGAGUCUUUAGGGCCGUAUAUCACCAGUUCCUCCUUGGUUGUAGUUGCUGAUCACAUAGUCAUUAACCGUCCGGUUACUUUAGACACUUUUGCUCAGUUGGGAAAAGUGUACAAUUCCACAGAUGAUGAAACUGCUGAACCAACUGGCAUAGUAACAUUUUCUUGGAGUAUAGAUAAUACAAAAUUCUUUGUGGACAAUGUCACAAGCGACAAGACACUUGCUCGUUGUAGACGGUCUUAUAUAUUUAAUACAUCAGGGACUCAUCAGAUUCGUGUUCAUAUUAAGAAUGCUAUCUCAGAAAAAUACCAUGAGAUUUUUGUGGAUGCAAUUUUACCUACACCUAAGGGCCUUGAAAUAUCCUUGGUUGAUGCUGAAUAUCAUCAGCCAUCCUGUGUCCCAACACAUGUGGAGCAAAAUUCAAAAAUGGCCAUGGUAGCUGUUUUCCAAAACCACACUGAGGCAUUUGAAGCAUCACUCUCAAUUGGAACAAAUAUCACUUUCACAUGGUUCUUCUCAGACAUAAACCAAGAAUACAGUCAGCACUCUUCUACAGAACUUGUUUCUCUCAAAAAUCAUUCUUUUACCAAAGUCGGAGUUUUUCUAGUUUCUGUCACUGGAACCAACCAAUAUGGAAGUCUUUCAAAGAACCUAAGUGUGAUUGUUCAAAGUCAGUAUUUGAAAGAUCUUUCAUUUAACCUGCCUCUUAAUGCAAAUAAGUUUUAUCAAGUGAACGAACCGGUUCAUUUUCUGGUAUCGUUUUUUACUGCUACGCGAGAAGAUACAUUGUUACAGAUCGAUUUUGGUGAUGGGAAUAAGAAAAUGUUUAUUCUUGAUGCCAACCAUACUAGUCAUACGAGUGACUGUCAAGCACCAGUCUUAUUACGUAAAGAUUAUGGGGAUGGUUGCUAUCUUCAAGGAGAAGUCUGCUACACCUAUUCAAUACCAGGAAAUUUUAAACCUCAUGUUACUGCUAAAAACAACAUCAGUUCCGUAAAAGCAACAAUGGAUCUAGAGUUAAUUGUUUACGAAGAAAUUAAAUCUUCUGUCAUUUUAUCAAAUAUCUUUAUUCCAAAAUAUAAAAAUACUACCUUUUUCUUGAAAUCACCAAUAUUAUCAAAAAGUCAUCCAAUUAGGUGGGUGAUUAGAACAAAUGAACAAAUUGUUCUUAACACAACAGCUUCAUCAUACUUACAGCACUCAUUUCAAGAUAUAGGGCAACAUAAUGUAUCUGCUACGUUCCACACACUGCAGCAAGACCAAGAAACAGUACAAAAAAUCAUAUUUGUGAAAGAACGUAUAACAAGUGUUACACUGCAGCCUGUUAGUAACUAUUUUCUCGAGACGGGUCAAAGUGUGACCUUUUAUGCUCAUACUUCUGUUAGUACACCUGUGAACUUCUACUGGAACAUUGGUGGAAAAACAUAUUCUCUUCAAAAGAAUUUCACUUCAAGUCAAAGCCAUGUGUUCAAAAAUGCUGGAGAGUUUCACGUGUCUGUUAGCACCUAUAAUGAAGUCAGUAAUGUCACUGCCACCCUGGCACAGAGAAUUGUUGUCCAAGAACCCAUAAAAUUACUGGAACUUCUUACUGAUGAAGUAGUGUCAGUUAAUGUCCCUGUCUUACUCUGUGUACAAGUCAUGUCUGGUUCGGAUUUCAAUCUACUCUGGAAUUUGGGUAACUCCCUACAAAAUUAUGAACUUGUCAAAAAAAAUGGCAGUUACGCUUGCAUUGAACAUAUAUUUAAGACAGUCGGAUCUGUGAAUAUCAGUGUUGUGGCUUUCAACUACAUUUCAAACAUAACUGAAAGCUGGGAAGUCCUUGUGGAGGAACCACUGACAUAUUUCAGCAUUGAUAUUCUCAGGCCAACACUUAUUGGGAUUCCAAUAAUGUUUGUCAUGAGGACUACAGAUGUCUUCAAGAAACUUCCUCACCUAACCUACCAGUGGGACUUCUCUAAUAAUGUAUCUGUGAAAACAGCCUGGCCACUUAUCUCUUUAGAUUUCCCUACACCUGGAUGGUUCCGUGUUGUUGUGACGGCCUAUAACAAGGUGAAUACCACAAAACUAAGGCGAGACUUUCGUGUCAAUGAAAGAAAUAGUCAUGAAGUAUGGAUUGAAAAUCCCACGUAUGUUUCAGUUGGGGAGGAAGUUACACUUCGGCUGAAUGGGCUGAAACGUACAGGUUCUGAAGAUGCUGUGAUAAAGUACAGUGAUGGUAUUACUGAAACAGUCAAGCAAAACGUUCCUUUCAGCUGGACACAUAUAUUUCAGAGAAACGGAUUAAUUGAAGUCUCUGUACAGCUUGCUGUAAAUUCUUCAUCAGAAAUCCUUUAUCUGAAGGGGGCCAUAUAUGUUGAUGAACCUAUAAAAGGUCUUGCACUUCAUGGUCCCGUACAUGUUAAUCUGCUUAAGAAUUCCACAUGGGCGGUUGUCUUUAGAGGUAACCCAUAUAAUUUAUUUCACUGGAAUGUCACAAGCUUAGAAUAUGACAUUGAAUCAGCACUCGUUACUUCCAGUGAGCCAAAACUUUCUUUCCACCUCUCUAUGCCUAGCUACUAUAAUAUAUCUGUCUUUGCUAAAAACAGUAUCAGCCAACAAAAUGCCUUCAUGAUUGUGGAGUCAUCUUGUCCAGUGUUAAAAGUUGACUUGUACACCAUUUAUGGUAUUGCUAAUAAAUCGGUGCCGAUUACUUUCUACGUGUAUGCUGGCAUGUUUAUAUCAGUUAACGUUAGUUUUGGAGAUGGCGAAGAAAGAACGUUUAUAUUUGAUGAUUUGCUACAGAUGCCAUACUAUAAUUUCAUUGAAUCUACUGAACAUACCGAGACAUCAGAGCAUGAUAUCACCAUGAACUAUUUAUAUACUGUUCCUGGACAAUACGAACUUGAAAUGAUUGUUUACAAUCAUGUGUCAAGUAUUAAACGUAAAACCACUGUAAUGAUUGAUGAAGCCAUUACUGGUUUCCGAAUUGAAACAAAUUCUUCACGAGUUGUCUCACUGGAUGAAUCUGUAACUGUGACUGCAUACGUUGACACUGGUAAUAACAUUACUUUCAGUUGGGAACACUCACUUGAUUGCUACAUAGUCAACUUAAUCAGUGACAAUCGAAGUAGCACAGCAGUAUUCAGAUUCCUUACAGCAGGUCAAGAGUAUGAAAUAUCGGUGUCAAUGGUCAAUCCUUGGAUGAUAUCGAAAGAAGAGAUAAUGCUACCAUUUAAAUUUGCUCCUGUUCAAAAGAUUACCAAUGUUGUCAUCUUUCCUCUAUUGGGGAGAUAUGGUGCACCAUUGACUCAGCAUCCUGUUCAGACAACUUCGGAAAUUGCAUUUCAAGCAAACUGCACAGGUUCAAAUGUUACAUUUCUCUUUGAUUAUGGUGAUGGUGAAGAUGUUGACAUUGUUGAUGUUCUUAACAGCUUCACUGACAAUGUUCAAAAUGCUGUAUCAUACAAAAAAUUUGCUAAAGAGGGAAUCUAUUCCAUCAAGCUAACGGCCAGAAAUCCUCUGGGAAAUGUAACAGUAAGCAUGGCAGAAUUGUUUUAUGUUCAGUAUCCACCUAAAAAUCUCACGAUUAAAAACACUAAUACUAGUUAUCUGUUGGGUAACAACAUCACCUUCCAAGGUUUUCUGGAAUCAGGCACAAAUGUUACCUUUGACUGGAACUUAGGAGACCAAACGGAACUAAUAAAUGCAGGAUUGAUUGUGAGUCAUCGCUAUCUGACAGCUGGCAGGAAAUCUGUAAGCCUUCAUGCCAAAAACAAAGGCUGCACAAUCUUUACAUCGAUGGAGGUAUACGGAUGGAAUAAGAUUUCAAGUGUUCAUCUCAAGAACAAUGGUUCCAUCAAAAAGGGAGCUGUCCUGGAGCCGAUGUGGCUUGAAGCAAUUCUUGUCCCAAGUUUCAGGCAUACUUUAAAAUACAUGAAAUGGGAUUUAGGUAACAAGAACGACAAUGUAUUGACAUACGAUGCUUCAUGUAAAACUGUUUAUCGUCAAAGUGGUCGAUACACUGUGACAGCAACAGCAGUUAAUGCCUUUAGCCAUGCAAUAUCAGAACCUCUCGAAGUUCAAAUAUUCUCUAAAAUAUCAUCAUUAGAAAUAACCAUGUCUGGUGAAGUAAUUGUGAACUCUUUGAUUAAGUUUUCAUCGUACUACUACUCGGGAUCUGAUUUAAAUUUCCGAUGGAACUUUGGUGAUGGCACACCUGAGGAAACUGAGAAAACAGUCUAUCAUAAAUUCAACAGAACUGGUGUGUAUGAUGUGAUUUUGACAGUGUUUAAUGAAAUCAGCAAAAGUGUUGACACCAAAAAGUUGUUUGUACUGGAAUAUCCUUGCAAACCACCAGAAGUUAAUAUCCUUGGAUCCAACAAUCAGAUAGUCCAGCGUUCCAAAGAUGUCCAUAUUGAACCAGUUGUGUCAGUUGACUGUUCCAAUAAAAGAGACAUUAGUUAUAUUUGGACAAUCAAGAAUAAAACAACUGGUGAAAUAGUGCAACCUAAAAAUAUUGCAAAAGAAGUAUUUGAAGAGAGAAUCCUUUUCCUUCCAAGGCUGACUCUUAAAUAUGGGAAUUAUUCUGUUGAUUUAGAGGUGAAAAUUGAUGGAACGAUUGUGUACACCAAAGUAAGGAUGGGUCUCACUGUUAUACCGUCCCCUCUCCACGGCAUCAUUGUAGGUGGUAUCAGGCGAUAUGUAUCGCGUACAUCAAAAAAAAUUGUUCUUGAUGGAUCAUAUUCCAGAGAUCCAGAUUCACUAACUAACAGCCAUCUCAGAUAUCAAUGGCACUGUUUGAAUUUAAGAAGGAAAAAUUCUACCUGUUUCAAUGAUACUUUCAAUGGUAACAACAUUGUGAAGAAUGAAUCCAUCUUAGUAUUUCCUGGUAGUUCUCUGAAAAAUGGACUGAAUGAUUUUGAGUUUCGGCUUACUGUGUCGGUUCCAAGUUCUGAGAAAGUGGUAGUAUCGCAAGUUCUUUUUGCCUCACACAUACCAAAUAUUCUAAAUGUGAUGGUUGCAUGUACAACAUGUGUGAACAAUGUGAUGAAUGCUAACGAGAAACUGACACUAGAAACAACAUGUGAUAACUGUGGUGAUAAUGCAAGUGCCUUGACCUAUGAGUGGAAUGUGUUCCGAGUUAUUGAUAAAGGAUACAAUAAAAAUUUUGGUGCCCAUGACUAUGGCAAAUGUGUUGAAGCCAAUGGGUCAUCCUACAUAAAGUUGAAAUUAAAUGAUACGGAAGAAAACACCACCACUACCUCCAACACCAAUACUACACAACAGCCAACAACAACAACAACAACAACAACAACGACUACUACUACUACUACUACUACUACUGUGAAGCCAACAUUGCCUCCACCAAAAAUGCCACCAAUUUAUGAAGACCCUGUUGAAGGAAUACCAAAUAAUCCUUUUUUCCAUGACAUGGUUAUACCGGAAGUUAUUGAAGGCGAAGGGGAAAGCAGCAGGCACGGCCGUUGGCCACCAGUUAUUGAAGAAGGGGAAAGCGGCAAGCAAGACCGUUGGCCGAAACCCCAAGUACCUCCGACUAAAAAGGUUGAAGAUUCAAUUGUGGAUUCUAAUUUUGUGGCUAAUGUUGAAGAACACAUCGUCAGCAAGUCACGUCGGAAUGUGGUGCUAAGCAUCAAUGACACCUUAAGCAUGAUGAGUAGUCAGUCUCUUGUAAUUAAGCCAGGUGUGCUCUCUCAGGGACGAGACUAUAUCAUUCGUGUAAAUGUCUCAAAAAAAGAUAAUGAUACUGAUAAGGGUACAUAUGGUGUUGCAUAUGCUCAUUUCCAUAUUAACGAGAGUCCAUAUUUAGGAAGCUGCAGUAUCAAGCCAUUACAUGGAGUAGAAAUGGAAACCUCUUUUAGUGCAUUCUGCUAUGAAUGGAAAGAUAAACACCUACCAUUGAUUUAUGAGAUCAGUUAUAAUUUUGAAAAGAACCAACGCAAGAACUUGCUUUAUCGUGGCCUCAAUGCAACCUUAAACUUUAUGUUACCAGCAGGAAAUCCAGAAAAUGAUUUUAAAGUCAAUGUCUAUAUUGCCGUGAUGGACAGUUUGGGAGCUCGGACCUCUGUUUGUUUCAUACCUAUUCGAGUGACACCAAUUAAAAUUGGUGCUGAUGAUUAUCUAAAUAACACAUUGAGGCGCUAUUUGGCUGAAGGUGAUGACCGAAAUGCACGAAUAUUCGUCAAUAUGCUGGCAAUCCGACUCAACCGGUUUAAUCCUAUAAAUGAGUCAAUGAAGAAUUCCAGUUGGAAAACCAGGCAUUCACUUUUGAAAAUCUUGAACAGUUUACCAGUCCGAGAUGAGUUUGAAACUCUUCAGACAAUGCAAGCUGUUGAAUCGAUUACACUGAAAACAGAUGAGCUAAACAUGGAGUCAGCAAAUCUGUCAUUUAAUAUACUUCAGUCUAUUCUUGAUGCUUCAAAGAAACUUUAUGAUGUGAUGGGUCACCAGACAGAAAACCUCCUUCAGCUUGCCAUUGAUUCUUUAUCAAAUAUUGUUGAAGCUUCGUCUACAUCACUGGAUUCUUCAACAUUCAUAGUAAAGUCAUCAGAUGUAGCAAAUGGAUUUAUUACGAAUGAAUUGAAGUUUGCUACAGUUGAAGAAAAACCAAUCCAACACAAAUCUCCUGGCAUCAGUAUUUAUGCUGCUCGAUAUAAUAUUAACUUCAAGCCAAAACUAACUAUAGGUAAAGCAUCAUUUGUCCUACCAGAAGAAUUAACAAAACAUGUUGAUCUUAACCCUAAUGAUGACAAAGAUUCUCCAAAGCAAGGAAUCAGACGUAAAUGUUAUCAAGCACAAAUGACAUCAUUUCGCAAGAAAGGCUAUCCUCUUGGAAGUAUGGAGACUAAUAAGGUGCAGUCUCAGGUUACAUCACUCAAGUUAUACAGUUGCGAUGGUAAAGCUAUUAUUGUUGACCACUUACCUAAAGAAGAACUCAUUACUAUUGGUAUUCCAUCAGAAAUUAAUGCAGAUAAAACUAUUGGUAACCACACCUUAUAUCGGACACACAUGAACAUCCAUCAGUUUAAUGUUUCAAAAUUGAAUAGAAACCAAUCUUUUCAUGUAUUGGUCAACUUUACUCCAGUAUAUACGAGUCAACUAUUCCCUAUUACUGUCUCGAUAAGCGAAAAUCGACCAACGAAGUCCAUGCAAUAUAUCUAUACUAAGAAAUUCAACCCUGAUGAAAAUGUUGUGAAAAUAUUUUUACCAUCUGGAGAACUAGAAAAUGGCACUUACUACCUCAGUAUUGUGGAUGCCACAUACAAUGAAGGACGUCCAAGACGGGGUGUAGCAACACAUCGCAAUUAUACACUGAAACUAUGGUGGGGACAGUGUUUAUUUUGGAACAAAACCGACUCCAUGUGGUCAGACAGUGGUUGUACUGACACCAGUGAAUCAACACCAAAGUGGACUCAGUGCAACUCUCUCUUUCUCUCUCUCUCUUUCAGCCCCAACGUCAACCCUCUACCAACAGUUCUGACUCUUGUGCUGCUCUUCAUCUACUCCGUGCUCCUUUUCCUAUGUCACAAGGCAGAUCUACACGAUGCCAAAAAGAAUGGCAUCAUUUACUUAGAGGAUAAUUCUGAUACAGACCGACAGAAGUAUGAAAUCAUUGUGGAAACUGGGUUUCGUAAAGGAGCUGGGACAACUUCUAAAAUCAGUAUUAUUCUUCAUGGUGAAUACGGCAUGUCUGAAACUAGAGAACUGAUAUCUGAUGAGGAGAAACCCCUCUUUGAGAGAAACUCUCGUGAUAAAUUUGUUAUGACAUUACCCGACAGCAUUGGCAAAUUGCAGAAGAUUCAACUUUGGCAUAACAACUCAGGAACUUCUCCCAGUUGGUUCUUAAGCCGAGUCAUUUUAGAUGACUUAAACUCAGGUCAGACAUAUUAUUUCAUUAGUGAACGUUGGUUUUCUGUGAGCAAAGAUGAUGGCAGAGUUGAACGGGAGCUGUGGGCUGCAAAAGAUAAUGUUGGAUUUAAUACAAUAUUCUUUGCUAAAGGUGCUCAAUACAUUGCUGAUUACCAUUUGUGGACAUCAAUCAUAACUAAGCCACCACACAGUCGAUUCACCAGAGCACAGAGAGUGUCUGUUUGCUUGACAUUACUCAUGAGUUACCUGUCCUUGAAUGCUUUGUGGUACCAUUUUGUGUCGAAAGAGUAUCGAGGCGAGUUUGGUCUCCUUGAUGUGUCUUGGCAGUCUAUUGCCGUUGGUUUCUGCACCUGUAUUAUUACUUUGCCUAUAAAUUGGAUUUUGGUUUUCCUUUUCAGGAGAACUUUGAUCCCAUACCCAGGACUAGAGGAAGAUGAAGACUAUGAAGAUGGGAAAUCAGAAGAUGCUGAAAUGCCGCAUACUAUUCACAUUGAGCCCGUAAUGACAUACUCCCCUACCCCUACUAUCUUGACCCUGCAGAAUCUCCAGGAAUGGGCCUGUAGAAAGUGGAAAAAACAACAGCAGGAACAGCACACUUCCAGUACGGAUUCACCACUUCCACAUUCUGAGAACAGUAGUAAACCGUCCAUGCCAUCCUUAAGGGAAGUUGUAACCCAAGAGAAAACUGAUAUUUCAGAAAACGAUGAGGCAGAUCAGGUAUCCAGUGGCUUUGAAGAUUUUAACAGCCAAUAUCACAGAUCAAUGCUGUCAGCUGAUUUACUCAAUAUGAACACCAAACUUGACUUGGAUUCCGAUCAGUCAAAUGAUUUGCUUAAUAAAGACUUCAGUUUGCAGAAAAUAAAACUUCUCCAAAAAUCCGAAGGCUCCAAUGUUUCACGACGUCAGUCAAAACGCUUGUUCCUUCCUGUCUAUUGCCGCUGGAUAGACUAUGGUCUCUGUCUUCUGCUCACCCUUCUAUGUGCAGCUGUGGUUAUGUUUUUCGGACUUAGAUUUGGUCAUACUAAAUGUAUGAUGUGGUUGCAAUCUGUUUACUUCAGUCUUACAACUUGUGUCUUCAUCACACAUCCUCUCUGUGUCUUCAUCCUUACAGUCUACAAUGCCUACAACUACCGUUCAAAUCCAGCAAUAUUUGACCAUUAUGAUGAUGGUUUUUAUGGAGAGAAACCAGAAUAUAAGAAAAGAAAACAACCAGUAUGUUGUGAAGAAUGCAAGGAAUUUGCUGCUCGUCAACGAUCACGACAUUUGCGAUUUUCAAGGCCACCCCAGAAAAAGCAGUUGUUAAGUUCCAGUAAAAAGUCUAUUAAAGAAAGGAAAUCAUAUUCCUUUUUCAGAGAUGCUGCAAUGCUUGGACUAAUGAUUGGUGUUCUGUGUGUUAUGGCAUUCGGGAAAAGUUCUCACUCUUCAUUCAUGUUCAAUGAAAGCCUUAAAAACAUCUUCCUACGGUCAGGGAAUCAACAAUUUCUUGGAAUCAAAAAUGUUGACCAAUGGUGGGAGUGGCUUCAAACUUCUUUUCUUGAUCAAAUGUAUUGGGACCCUUGGUACAACAGAGAUUCAAACAAUUUAGAUAUGACUUAUAUUGCUGAUGGAAGCAGCUAUUUGCUGGGCAAAGUUCAUAUUCGAAACGUCCAACAUACUCAAAAGGGUUGUCAGCUCCGGAAUAAUUUAUGGCCUGUUUUAUGUGAAGAUUCCAAUCAUACUCAAGAUGGAGCCACAAAUAUUAGGAACACACUUACUAAACUAUCCAGACAAAGGUCAGAAACAUACAAAAUAAUAAUGAAGAUGAAAAAAGAUGAGAUUAUCAAUGAACAAACCCAGCAAAUUAUCGUAGAGUUUACUUUGUAUAACCCACCAACUAAUCUUUUUAGUUCUGUGUCAUUGAAUUUGCGUAUUCUAGAGACUGGUGUUGCAGAGCCAGACUUCCAGAUAUCAUGUACCCAUUUAUUCCGCUACAUCAGUCCCUUAGAUAACUUCAUUCUGUCAUGUGAGUUGCUGUUUGUUAUAUUGAUGCUGUUUAGCAUGAAGAAGUUGUUCUUUGAUGUCAUAAGAUACCAUGAAAAGUUUCUUGGUCAAGCAUGGAAACUCAUAGAUGCUUCAAUUUGUAUUACAUCUUUAAUUUACAUGGCUUGUUAUGUGUAUCGAUUUGUACUGGUGUCUGAUAUAAUUGAAAAACUGCGCAGUUCUUUCUACAAGGAAUAUGUAGAUAUAUCAUUCAUCACUAUCUGGGAUGAGGUAUUGAAAUGCCAGAUUGGAAUCGUGCUCUUUUUAUCCGUGGUCAAACUUCUAUCACUAUCACGUUACAAACAAUUGUUUUCAAUGACUGAAUCGGUCUAUAGCCGAGCAAGUACAGAAAUUCUCAUUUUUGCAGUUACUUUGUUUGUGGUAAUAAUUGCUUACACCAGUCUUGGUUGUUUGGCAUUUGGUGCUGUCAUCAGCAACUUCCAGAACAUUUGGUCAGGCUUUCUGGCAAUGACUGCUCUAUUGACACGUAACAAUGAUUUCUCUGAAUUUAAUGAUGAUGCUUAUAUUGGAGGAAAGCUCUUUGUCCUUUCCUACGUUGCCUUAGCCACAACACUCUUCACUGCAUAUAUAUUUUCCAUCCUAUCUUCUAAUCAUGGUUCCUACAAGCUGAAAACAAAUGGUGUGAUGAGUUUGCGAGAAUCUUUAAUAUUCAUCUGGAAAAAAUUACUUGUGUGGACUGGAUUAAGGAAUGAAGAUUAUCCAGAUGACGGCGAUUGUGCACUGCCAGCUGAAUUCACUUUGGCUGAAAUAGAAUAUCAAGUUGAUGAAUUAUUGUUCCACAUGAAUGCACUCCUUGGCCUUUCUGGUAUGCCUGAGAAACCUAUGUAUUAUUUAACUGAUUCUGAUAAUACAUCUGAUCGAGUUGGAGACGAUGGUAUUUCUACAGGAGCAUCAGGUGUUUCAACGAGUGAAUCAGAGGUUCGAGGGGAAUUGCUUUAUGAAGAUAGAUUGGAAAUGCGGGUUCAAAAGAUAGAAGAAAAUCUCUGUUCAAAAGAACCUUAUUUGGCACCAUUAAUCAAGGGCCAGAAAUCUGAUGAAGAAAUGUUGUCACCUGAGAAGGAAAAUGAACUGAGGUCUCAAUUAGAACUGAAAAUCUUCUGUCAACUUCAAAUGCAACGACAAGGCCACAUUGCGCCUUUGUCUGAUGAAAGACUUAGCAAUGAUUCCAGCACUACGUCCAUGCAAGAGAGUCCGAGUGUGGAAAGGUCUCCAUCUUCUAUUUCAGACAGCAGUUCUCAACAGGCUCAAAUCCAGUUCUCUAAAACGCCAGAAAUGGAUAAUGAAUAUGAUGAUUCCUUAUCAGAAAAUAUCCAAGGAAACAAUCCAGAAGCUUUGCAGAAGUCUGUACUGCAUUUUGAUUCUUCUAAAAUAAAACCAACUUCAGUGGCCUUAAAAUGUAAACCUACUAAAAGCAAAAUUGAGGUGGAUAACAAGACUGGAAGCUUUUCAAAUAACAGUCCUGGAAAAAACAAGGAGUUACCUCCCAAGCCUACUUAUAAAUGUACCAAAUUAGUCGACAGUGGACAAGCAACAACCCAUAAUAAUAAUAAUAAUAAUAAUAAUAAUAAUAAUAAUAAUAAUAAUAAUAAUAAUAAUGGUAACAGUACACCAGUGCCUAUUGUAAAUUUUCUGAGGCAUGUUCCUGAGUCAAAACGCUCUUCAAGAAGAGAUAAUUUUGUACCACCUGAAUCAAGUUCUGGUUCAGAACUUGAUGCUAUUUCACAUAGCCGCCGCUUACCAGGCAAACGGAAUCUGCGUAAGACAAAAUCUAAAGGUAAAGGCAAAGGUGGUGCUGCAAGCCUUGUACCAAUUGGUCUCUUUGAGCAGUUAAAUCUUGAUCUGUCUGCUUCAGAAGAUGAGAACAAUGAUGCUGAUUGCCAGUCAGCUGCUUUGUGUGAGAACAUUCAAGAAUGCAAAGAUCUUCAAAAAGAACAUGUAGAAACCUUUUCAACAAGGGCAACACCAAACCGACAAAAAGAGCCGACGAUUCAUGAGAUUGAUCCCUGAGCUUGUUGGUAAGUUCUCAAGAAAGACUUCCAAAACUGAUGGUUACAAAGAAGAGACAUUAACAAUAAUUGAAAGAGAAAUUUAUUCUGAGGGCCUGAGUGAUUCAUAUUUUUUGUAUUUAAGAAUAUUUUGUUUGUAUCCACAGAAUUGUCAACUUUGUUCAUGAGGAAACUCUUAGCAGUUUUCCUUAUUUAAAAUAUUGAGUGAUUAAUGACUGUGAAUAACAAUUGUUGUAAUUAAGAACAAUAGUCAUUUAUUAUUUGGGGUUAUCUAGAUGAAAUUUUGUAAGUAUUGUGUUUGUAUGCAUGUUUGUGUGUUUUUAAAGGAUUUUAAAAAAAGGCUAAGUCUAGAGAAAGAGUAUAUUAAGAGAAGAAACAUAAAAUAAUGAGAAAAUAUAUUGAAAAGAAAUUGAGAAAGGUAGAGAAAUAGUCUAAAGAAACUAGAGAAUGUAUUACAGAAAGUAAGAUUUCAUGCAUAUAAUGGUAGAAUGUGUGUAUAAUAUGGAAACUGGCAAUAAGAGGCCAGUGUAUAUGUGUGCAUGUCAUAUAAAUAGCUUAUGUGUGAUAUAUGUAUACACACAUAUACACCCAUCCACAGAGAAAUAUGUUUGAGUAGGUGUGUGUGUGUGUGUGUGUGUGUCUGUUUGAAAGAUACAGAAAAUGGAAAGCAACAUGUCAAGAUUUCUGGGAAACACACCCUAUAGUGGUUUGAAGCCAAUUGGGUUAGCAUAUUUGAAGAAUGACUAGUUUCCAGAUGGUUGUGCAAUUUCUUACUUCUCUAAGAUUAAUUAGUGAAAGAGGGGUUAUUCUAUUAUUGUUGUUAUUUGUUCCUUUUUCUUUUUACUCACUAAUUUUUAAUUUUUUUUUUCAAAAAUACUUUUUAAAUGGGACCAUAGAAUUUUCACAGGCCAAUUUUUUAAAUCAAAAUCAUAAAUUACAAUUCUUACUGCAUGUCACGAUAACAGUGAUUUGUUGCUUACAGGGAAUUAAAUAUUUUAUUCUUGUGUACCUGAUUUUUACCCAAGCCAAAUUAUUAAAGAAAUCCUUGCCCUCACAUCAUCGAAUCGCAGAACUAAAGUUCUGUAAAUAGCUAUUGAUGCCAGCAGUUGUGAUGCUUCACAGCCACUCUCUAUUCAACAGUUGUCUUGGCUAGAUUUUCUUGUGCUCAUUAUUUAGAAUGUGGUUUGGUGCUAUUAAUGAAACCUCUCCACUUAAUUAGCCAUUGAAUAUUUUUUUAAUAAUUGUAUAAUAGUACCUGGGAUUUCCAAACUGUUAAUUUUUGUGUGUGUGUGUGUGUGUGUGUCUAACAUCAUUUUGAUUAGUAGUUGUGCUCUCUAAUUGUCUUCAGAAACCCAUUUUUCUGUUUUUUUAUUUUUUUAAUUUCAUACACAUAAUACUAUACUUUGGCUUGAUUUUGAAUCAGACACCAGAACUUUUACUUCCAAUACAACCAAAGGAUAUGCCUAUCUGUUACAAAUGAAGACAACUAGGGAAUGUCAGAAAUAGAAGGAAGAAAAUCUGUUGUGAAAGAUGAAGUUGAUAUUUUGGAAAACUUAAAAUGUGUUUAACAAUGGCAUAUUUCAUAAGUAUAGGUAUUAUAUUACACUCACUGUUUUAUAUACUUGCUCUGCUAUACCAAAAUAAAAACAAGGCGAAAUCAGUAAAAAAAAAAAAACACAUACAAAAUGACUAACCAACCAAAGUUUUCAUGAAAUCAUAAAUGGAUGUGAGAUGUGAAUGUGUAUCACACAUUAUUUUAUAAAAUAACCAUUCUUUUAAUUUUUCUUUUUCUAUGUAAAUAGCUCCAUGCCAUAACUAUGAUUUUUAACCUGUGAAGAACUUUAUAUGCCUAUGUUUUAUAUAUAUAUAUAUAUAUAUAUAUAUAUAUAUAUAUAUAUAUAUAUGAACAUUGAAGUAUGUGCAAUUGUUCAUGUGCAGACGGUCACUUGUAUAUUCAUAAGAAAGGCUGUAAAUACGAAUAUACAUACACACACACACACACAAACACACAUAUAUACAUACAUACAUACAUAAUCUAUACAUACACAUACAUAUAUAUUCGUAUGUACACACAAGCACAUGCACAUAUACAUGCAUACAGAUUUAUAUUUUUAGAAAAAAUCUUCCAUGCAUACAUUUUCAAAUUCUAACUUUUGAUUAGAAUUUAAAAUGCAUUUUCUGUAAGCAUCUUUCCUGAUAUAAUUCAGAUAUUUUUAUGUUUUUCUUUUCAAAACAUUUUUAAUUCAAUUCUCUGGUUUAAAAAGAAGGAAAAUUUUUUUUUUACCUUAUGUAUAAAAAUUUAGAUUUUGAUACAUAAUCAUUAUUGGCAAAACCUGGCAAAACAGUGUGUCGGGCCAAAUGCUUAGUGGCAUUUCCUCCCGCUCUUUAUGUUCUGAGUUCAAAUUAUGCCAUGGCACACUUUGCCUUUCAUCCUUUUGAAGUCAAUAAAUUAAGUACCAGUUGAUCACUGGGGUGUCGAUGUAAUCGACUAAUCCCCUCCCCUCAAAAUUGCUGGCCUUGUGCCAAAAUUAGAAAUUACUAUUAUUGUUGUUGUUAUUAUUCAUCUAAUACUUUUGUAUCCAUGAAUUAACAGUUAUAUUUUGUGAAAAGAUUCCAGAAAUACUAUCAGAAUAUAUAUUUUUUGCUGAUAUUUUAUCCCUGUAACCAAUGAUUUAAAAAAAAAAAGAACUGGAUUAAAUUCCACUGUAUUUGGGCAUUUUAAUGAAAAUAAAGCGAUGUUAUCUGA